AUGAAGACUGGUCGCCACCUCAUUCAGUUUUUGAAAUUUUUCUUCGAUCCAGUCGCCAAUCCAGUUGCAGCUCGUCCACCAACUGGCUCAUAUCCUACGUCGUCAGCCGGAUAUUCUACCGGAACGUCCGGUGGCUAUUCCGCUCCGUCUUCUUAUCGUACCGGUGGCUAUUCCUCUCCGUCUUCUUAUCGUACCGGUGGUUAUUCCGCUCCGUCUUCUUAUCGUACCGGUGGCUAUUCCUCU